CCCGCUCGCGAUCACGUGUGCACGUGUGUUCGCGCUCCGUAUAAAUAAAACUUUCUUACGUCAAAUCAAUGGAUAUAACCUAACACGCCGCGAGUUUUGCAACUAUAAUUAUAAAAUGUGAAUAUUGUUCAGAAAAAGUAAUGGGUCACUAAUAGUGCUGUGUUUCGGUUACGUGUUUAGUGUGAUGCCAAUGAUGUGAAUUAAUGUGUGUAGUGUUGAAAAAGGAGCUAUGAGUAUCCAAAAGUGCCUUCUGGAUAAUUCCAGUAGGAUGAUCAAGGCGAUGUCAACCGCGAAAUCAUCUAAUAGUGAAGUAAAAACGGGGGUGCAAAGUGGGCUCAAAAAAGUCGGUCUGGCGAUGCUGUCACUGUCGAUGCCGCUCGAUGACAAACACAAAAAAACCACACGCAGUUGGAUCGAGAGUACGUUUCAGAAACGAGAAUGCAAGUUCUUUGUGCCCAGCGCUAAAGACGAGCACGUCUGUUGGUGCGGUCUCAGUAAGACUGCUCAUGGAGCGAACAUUCAAACAGCUGGACCUGGCGAAGCCUGGGUACCAACACGGCACACCCAGGCUGCUCCAACUGAUGCGUAUGGUACCGUUGAGUUUCAGGGAGGGCCGCAUCCGACCAAAGCACAGUAUGUGCGACUAUCCCACGACACUCGGCCAGACUUGAUAGUCCAGUUGUUGACGAGAGAAUGGGCUCUUGACAGACCGAAGCUUCUCAUAACUAUACAAGGCGGUAAAGCUAACUUCGAUCUUCAGCCUAAGCUCAAGAAAGUACUCAGAAAAGGAUUGUUGAAGGCUGCGAAGACUACUGGAGCUUGGAUAUUUACAGGAGGGACCAAUACAGGUGUGACGCGUCAAGUUGGAGACGCACUACAGUUGGAGCGUUCUCAACGAGCGGGUCGAGUCGUCAGUAUAGGAAUAGCACCAUGGGGCAUCGUGGAGGGCGCCAACGAGCUCAUAGGAAGGGGUCGGGACGUGCCAUAUCAUGCGAUAGCGUCGCCAAGAUCAAAGCUAGCUGUUCUGAAUAACCGGCACGCUUACUUCCUACUCGUAGACAACGGCUCCGUCGGUCGGUACGGCGCUGAAAUUGUUUUGCGGCGGAAGUUGGAGAAGUACAUUGCGGCACAAAAGUUACACCCUUACACUCAUUCGUCAACUCCGGUCGUGUGUCUCGUGAUAGAAGGAGGAACGAACACGGUAAGAGCUGUGCUGGAAUACGUCACUGACAACCCACCUGUGCCAGUCGUCGUGUGCGACGGGAGCGGUCGAGCAGCUGACCUCAUUGCUUUUGUUCACAAAUACGCGUCAGAAACUGGCGAGCAGACGGUGUUGGAAUCUAUGCGGGAUUACCUAGUCGGAACCAUCCAGAAGACAUUCGAAGUCGGGACGCAACAAGCAGAGUGCCUAUACGGUGAACUGUUGCAGUGCACCAGGAAAAAGAACCUAAUCACCGUGUUCAGAAUUCAAGAGCGCGCGGAAGGCGGCGAGGUCCAAGAGCUGGAUCAAGUGAUUCUGACUGCGUUGUUCCGCGCCCAGCACCUGUCUCCAAGCGAGCAACUGUCUCUUGCACUGACGUGGAACAGAGUCGAUAUUGCGAGAUCAGAGAUCUUCGUCUACGGGCAAGAAUGGCCGCCAGGUGCCCUUGACGAAGCAAUGAUGCAAGCUUUGGAACACGACCGCAUAGAUUUCGUGAAACUGCUACUGGAAAACGGCGUAUCCAUGAGGAAGUUCCUGACGAUUCCUCGUCUUGAAGAACUUUACAACACCAAAAGCGGUCCUAGUAACACCUUAAGAUAUAUUCUGAGGGAUGUAAGGCCCCACCUACCCAGAGGAUAUGUGUACACACUACACGACAUUGGGCUAGUGAUAAAUAAACUAAUGGGAGGUGCUUAUAGAUGUUACUACACCCGUCGCAAGUUCCGUCCGAUAUACGCGAAGGUGAUGAACAAGAGUGUUAACGUUCAUCGCAACAGCGCGUCCUUCACCCGUCACAACGCCGGCGGUCUUUCGCUCAUCACCGGCUUCAUGCCGGUCACGACUGAGAUGGCCCUCUUCGGCUAUCCAUUCAAUGAACUAUUGAUGUGGGCGGUUUUGACAAAACGGCAUCAGAUGGCCCUGUUAAUGUGGACUCAUGGAGAAGAGGCUCUCGCUAAGUCACUAGUGGCCUGUAAGCUGUACAAAGCUAUGGCCCAUGAAGCUGCUGAGGACGAUAUGGAAACUGAGGUGUAUGAAGAAUUACGUCAUUAUGGCAAGGAGUUUGAGACCAAAGCGCUUGAAUUAUUAGACUAUUGUUACCGCCAAGAUGACGAUCAAGCGCAACAGCUGUUGACUUGUGAACUUCAAAACUGGUCCGGACAGACUUGCUUGAGCCUCGCCGUAGCUGCUAACCACCGCGCUCUCCUCGCACACCCUUGUUCACAAAUCAUCCUCGCCGAUCUAUGGAUGGGAGGUCUCAGGACCCGAAAGAAUACCAACUUAAAGGUAAUUCUGAGCCUGCUGUGUCCGCUGUACAUUCUGCAACUGGAGUUCAAGUCAAAGGAAGAGUUGCAGCUGAUGCCGCAGACGGAGGAGGAACAUCUCGAGAACGAAAGCAUGGAGGACGACAGGAGUACGAGAGACCCGACGGACGCGGAGGCGUUGAUUGGCUCAGGGGCCGAAUGCGAAACCAGGGUCGAUCAAAACGGGAAAGUCGGUAAAAUUGGUUGGGACCCAACAUACAGAGAUUUGCCGGAGUACCACGUGCCGGAAGACAAGAGGAUGAGACCCUUGAGACUGAGAAAGAAGAUAUAUGAAUUCUUUACGGCGCCGAUUACUAAGUUUUGGGCGGAUUCGAUCGCCUACAUAUUGUUCCUACUGAUGUUCACUUAUACAGUAUUAGUCAAGAUGGUUACGACGCCAUCUUGGCCGGAGAUAUACUCCAUAUGUUAUAUACUCACGUUUUUAUGUGAGAAGAUCAGAGAAAUUAUUACGUCCGAGCCUGUUGCUAUUAGACAUAAGUUCAGCGUGUGGGCAUGGAACAUGUGGAAUACGUACGACGCAGGGUUCAUUAUAUUCUUCCUGGUGGGGCUCACGCUGCGCCUGCGCACCAGCUCGAUGGACGUCGGACGCGUCAUAUACUGCGUCGAUAUAAUUUACUGGUAUCUAAGGAUACUUAACAUAUUGGGCGUUAAUAAGUACUUAGGUCCCCUAGUCACAAUGAUGGGUAAAAUGGUAAAAAAUAUGAUAUACUUUGUGGUGCUGUUACUGGUUGUGCUGAUGUCGUUCGGGGUGGCGAGACAGGCAAUAUUGUAUCCAGACAAGGAAGCAAGUUGGUAUCUAAUAAGAGGGAUAUUCUUCCAACCGUACUUCAUGUUGUACGGCGAGGUGUUCGCGCCUGACAUCGCACCCGAAUGUGGUUUUGGGAUCGGCGACCAAAAGUGCGUGACCGGCCGCUGGAUCACACCCAUCGCGAUGACCAUCUACCUCCUCGUCGCGAACAUUCUCCUUAUAAAUCUCCUUAUCGCCGUCUUUAACAAUAUAUUUAACGAAGUCAAUGAAGUCUCGCAUCAGGUGUGGAUGUUCCAAAGAUUCACCGUGGUUAUGGAAUAUGAACAGAAGCCAGUCUUACCCCCACCUUUAAUUAUAUUCUGCCAUAUUUACGCCACGUGUAAAUGGGUGACCAGGAAUGUAUCGCACAAGAGGUUCCAGUAUGAUAAUGGUCUAAAAUUGUUCUUGGAGAAGGAAGAUAUGGAACGACUUUAUGAUUUCGAGGAGGAAUGUGUUGAGGGAUAUUUUAGGGAACAGGAAGUAAAGUUGUCUAAUUCGAUAGAAGAAAGAGUCAGAAACACGACGGACAGAGUGGAACAUAUCACAACAAAAAUGGAAGACUUUAAUCAGAAAGCGAACUGUCAAAUACAGUCUAUACAGAGCGUGGAAUUUAGAUUACGCAAGCUGGAAGACGUAGCGGAACAGACUAUGAACCACCUGGCUGUGAUACACCGGUUCAUGGCCACGCAUCCUUCUCUCGUUAAUCGAGGAUCGACUGACACAUUGGGACCACCACCACCAACCUUUCAAACUGGAGCAGCGCGGCUCAGAACAGCCAGCGACAGAUCUGAGGUGCUGUCGGACAGCGACACAGGGGCGGCGCGCUUCGCGGUGCGCCCCGUGCAGGAGGAGGACGAGCACGCCUCGCAGCCCUCCGAAGACGAGCUUCCACAGUCCGGUCCAGAAGUCGUAGAAAAAGAACCAGAAGUAGAUUCUUCUUCAUCGUCAGCGGGAAGCGUCGCGGGUCCAGAUGUGACAGUCAUCAGGCCAACUGCCCCGGUUACACCAGCGCGCCAAAGAUCUUCUGAAAGCAAUAGAACUGAACCAAGUGAAGAGAAGAAAGUGCCAUCGAUGAUUGACGACGCGUUCUUGCCGGAGAUGCGUGAAGUGCCUUCCGAAAUGCACAGUCUGCGUCCUAGAACCACCUCAGCGGGUACCAGACGUACGGCCAACACGAGACGGCGUUCUGAAGGCGGUAAUGACUGUGGCAUGGGCGGCCACCACUCCGCGCAGCACCUGGCGCCGCGCCGGCAGCACAGCCAGACGCAUUCGGAGCCCGACAAUUCUGCUGUCGAUGCGAACUCGCUUCAGAACUCGGUCUCAGGUCAACAAUCAGGUUGGGAAGCCACUGGCGGUGCGACCGGUAUCCCAUCAGGUAGAACACGCGUGGGUGGUGCACCGAGAUCGCUGCUACUAGCCAUGCACGAGUAUACCAGCAUCACUGAUGAGCUGGAGACCGUAUACGGACUGUUCUCCCCUCCUCAUACACCAAGGACACCUAUCGCGACUCGUCUCCUGUCUCCUGGUCGAGCUGCCUCACCAUCGAUUCGACGAAGGCACGCAAGUGAAAUGUCCAACCCGGAAUUCGCACUUUUCAUGGAAAAGGAACACCUCAGAGGUGCUGAAGAAGACGAUUAUAUAAUUAUGGAAAAUUUGAUUCAACGUCGCCUAGAAAUGGAGUCUGUCCUGGCCAGAUACGAGGAGGAGGAGGGUGUGAACGGGGAGGGAGAGGGUGGAGUGAGCGGUGUCAGCAUCAGCGUCUGCGUCAACACCAGCGCUGAGGAGCCGCAAACCACUACGCUGCUCACGGUCAGCGACAGGAGACUCCCGCACCAGAGGCAUUCCCUACGAAGAGCGUCAGCGAUUGACAGUCGCGAACUGCCUUCCCCAUUACAGCCGUUGCUCGGGGAUGAUACUUGUGGCGAGGUAUUGCUACCGGUUCCGAGGCAACCUUCAGGGGACACAAACGCGUCCAGCGACCUGUCGCUGUCGCACAUGGUGAGCGAGAACCUCCCCCCGCGGCCGUCCAUCGUGCUGGACUCGUCGCAGCUGCCGCGCCAGCGCUCGGCCGAGCAGCCGCCGCCCGCGCCCGCGCCGCCCCCCGCGCGCCCCGAGACCAUGUGCUAGGAGUAACACCUCACUGUUAAGAUCUCCAAGAAGAUCAAAGAAGUAGAAGAACGACUAUACGAAUGACCAAAACUUUUAAGUAAUAUAACAAAUCAUUAGUAACGAUGGCAGAAAAACCAAAAACUUUAUUAAAAUAAGGGCUACGUAGUAAAUAUUUAACUUGCCGAAUCGAGAUGUAAAAUAUACUAAGUUUAGACUCUCAGAGUACACUCUGAGAUAUUCACAGAAAUAUUAUCGUACAAUAAAAUUGGACAUAAAAUAUUUUAUGCAAAACAUUAUGAAGAUUUAAUGUUCACUCUGAUGUCGGUGAAAACGUGCAGAUUUUAAUUUAAUUACAAAAUGCUUAACGUUUUCCCAAAAUAACAUUAUAACGAAAGUUACUUUUUAAAAACCAAUUUUAAUUUCUUUGUUUCUGAAUGAGGCACCAUAGCGAUAAAUUUACCUUACAAUAAAAAACACAUCAUUGUUAGAAGUAUAAAAACGAUUUAUUCCUAAAAUCAAAAUAAUGUCUAAAUGAUUUAAAUAUUUUACGCAGAAAUAUAAAAAUAUUUCUAGACCCAUAUGAGUAUAACAAAAGAAAUUCAGUUUUAUGCACGCGCUAAGUUAAAAAAUGGCGUUUGAGAUCUGUCAAGUUGACAGGUAUCAUUUAUUUUAGCGGGAAAUUCCGCUUUACCUUUAGAAAAAACUAUCGAAUCGUCUGACGUUUACAAAUGCAAGGCAAGAAUUGUUAGAAAUUGACUGAAUCAGCGUAAGUAUACCUUAUCGUCUGCGAAAUCUAAAUACAUAUGAAGUCAAUAUAUUUUAUUUAAAAAAUAAAUAUAUUUUAAUUUAUAUCGCAAAAAUACUGUAAAACGUAUUUAAAUUAAAUUUAUUCUUAACAAUGAUAUAAUUCGUUGAAAUAUCAUUAUUGUCUUUGGUCGUUAUUUAAGAGGAAUUCUUCAAGUAACGGUGGUAUUUCAUUUUAUAAAUUAUACUGACAUUUUAUUUCUGAACGAACCUAAUCGAGGUGUCCUAUGAAAUGUUAUUUAAUAUACUUUAAAUCGAAAAUAGUGUUUGUAGUAAUAGUAAAAAGAGAAUUAGUUUGGUUUGUGGAAAAUAGCUCUUACAUUAUUGCUAAUAGGAUAACUUUUUGCGUCUUUUUAAAUGUUCAUUGUCCACCAUUUACUCUGCAGACAAAUAAAUGAAAUGCUUUAUUUAAUUACUCUAUUCCCGCUUCCAAUGCGAUUAGCAACCUUGUUCUUAUUUCAAGAUCUUUUUAGUCUUUCCUUUUAAAGCUAAAGGUGUUUAAUUUUGUUAUCGUAUUAAUUUAUUGCAUCUCUAUACCUCUUUUUACAUUGUCAAGUUUACCGGUUCAAACAGAGACAAAGAUUUUUUUUAUUAUUAUUUAUGUCAUUUUCAAACAAAACGUACUUACGCUCUUUUGUCGGAAUGUUUUUUUUUUUAAAUAAACAAACUCAAAAGUUGCAUUGACAAUUAUUCGUAAUUAAUUGUUACAAAAUCGGAGGCAUUCGUAACAUCAAUUAACUUCACUCUACGUUACUUGUCAAGGGCUUGACGCAACCUGCAUUUGAUUAUUUCGAAAUGCAUUUAACGGUAACUAUGGUUACAACUAGCAACUGUGAACCAUUAAAAAAUAUAGCUUUAUAUAUUCAGUUGAUAGAUUAAAAAUACGAAUGAAACGAAUAUUGGAGAAACAGCUAUUAAAUACUUGACAAAUAAAUUCAUAUCGUGUUAACAAUAGUUUUUAUUUUUUGGAUGCAAAAUAAAUUUAACUUUUUAACUCAAUUUCACUUUUUAAUCUGCGAUAAACUGACAUUUAAGGUAACUCUUUUAAUUAUUUAAUCAUUAUUAUUAAAAUUAAAACGUUUUUUUAUUUGAGAUAUUUGCAACUCGUCUUAUGAAAUAAUUGCAAUUACAUUUUAAAUUCAUGCAUCGAUCGAUACAUACAUUAAGAAAAUGUUAAAAAUUGGUACUUGUUAUAUUCGUACAUCAUAUAAAUAGUAUAAUUGUAAUUUUAACAAUAUCGACGACGAAUCGUUUUUCUUUGAAACGAAUUAAAAUAUCGAUAAUUUGAUAAACAACGAAUGAUUUGUAACUUAGUCAAAUCACUCAUAGAUACUACAUCAAAAAGGGACGACAUUGUCGUGUCUCGUCUCAUAUGUCACGCUGACAUUCGAGAAAGUAUUUUCGAAAAUAGAACACCUACAUUUGACAUGAUUGUAUAAAAUGUGAUAGAUUUUAUUUAUAAAGUGUCAAAUGAAUUGACAGCAUGUUAUCUGAUACAGUUUUUUAAAUUCUUGUACAGAAUAGAAUGUUAUUAUCUAGACAAAGACAAUACAACACUUUAGUGCUCACGGUGUAAAUAAUAUCAGAUAGAUUACGGAAUAAUGUUAUCUGCAUUGAAAUGAUAUAAAUAGGAUUAAGAAAUAAAAAUUGCAUGCUGAUUGUGAUUCAGUAAUCUAUAUAAAAUAGGGACGUCAUCCAAUCUGUUCAAAUUUAGGCUGUAUAUAAAAUACUUAAGCUAUAGUAGAUUAAAAAAAAAAAGAACGAAAUUUUCAAUCUAUGUAAGAAGUUUAACUAACGCUUUUGAAACUUAGCUCUUUUCGAAAAUCUUAUACUGUAUUUAUUAAUGUACUUAAAAAUAUCUUUCUACUCUACAUAUCGUAAAAGUAUCUGUACAGAUAAUAAAAAUAGUGCAAUUCUUUCUAUACAUAAUCAUUUUAUACUUAUCUUAAAUUAUAUUUACCUAACUAAAUGAACGCACUCUUAAAAAUAAGUACAUAUGGCAGAAGUGAAACUUUUUUGAAUUAAUAGUAUAUUCCAAUGGCAAGCAACCAAACAAACCUUAGCUUUAAAUAUUCCAUGCCAAACCUAUGUAUGUAAUUUCAACGAAAUUCUGCCACAUGUGUACCCACAUUGGAGCAUCGUGGUGAAAUAUGCUCCAAACCUUUUCCUCAGAGGGAGAGGAGGCCUUAGCCCAGCUGUGGGUAAUUUACAGGCUGUUAAUGUUAGAUUAUUCAGAUCCCGACCGAUGUCACGUGCAUUUAAGGUCAGAUUUAUUUAUUUAUCUGUUAUCCUCCUGUUAUUGGAAUCGACUUUAGAUACGUUUAAUCACCUUUCAAACUCGACCUUAUCAUUUUUAAUGAGCCCAAAGAAGUUUCACUUCAAGUAUAAAUUCAGUACAACUACAACAAAGAGUAUUUAUCAAAGUUGAAAAGUAUUUCAAAUAUAUAUAAAAAUGUUGAGACGCUCAUUAUAUUACUUUCGUUUUAUUACAAGUAACUUAACGGUCUGUAACACUUUUCGAUAUUUCAUCACAAUGUGUUCAUAUGUUACCAAAUAUUUUGUGCAAACUCAAGUUCGCACAACUACUUCUAUAGGUGACAGAUCAACAUUAGCAUCGUUAUGUACAUAAAUAUCAAACAGAGAUAUAUGUUUUGAAUAUAUGUUUUGAAUAUCGCGUUUUACGAAGGUUCGUUUGAAAUUUAAAUAUGACCGAUUAAGAAAUUUUAAUAAUAUAU